GGAAGCGGCGGCGCGAGGCCGGGUGACGCGAGCUGGGGGCGGCCGGCAGCGCGGGGCGCUCCGUUGCCGCCAUGAGACACCUGCCGUACUUCUGCCGCGGGGAGGUGGUGAAGGGCUUCGGCAGGGGCUCCAAGCAGCUGGGCGUGCCCACCGCUAACUUUUCUGAGCAAGUAGUUGAAAGCUUUCCAUCUGAUAUCUCUACUGGUAUAUACUAUGGAUGGGCCUGUGUUGGAAGUGGAGAUGUGCAUAAAAUGGUUUUGAGCAUAGGAUGGAAUCCAUUCUAUAAGAAUACUAAGAAAUCAGUGGAGACGCACAUUAUCCACACCUUCAAAGAAGACUUCUAUGGAGAAAUUCUUAGUAUAGCAAUUGUUGGAUAUAUUCGACCAGAAAAGAACUUUGAUUCCUUAGAUGCACUGAUUGCGGCAAUUCAGGAAGACAUUGAAGAGGCAAAAAGGCAACUAGAUUUACCAGAACAUCUUAAACUCAAAGAAGACAACUUCUUCCAUCUGCCAGGGGGCAAAAUAGUUGACAACCACUGAAAAAAAAAAGAGCAAACCCUUGCUGCUUUUUUUUUUUUUUUUUUUUUUUUUUUUUGGUGGAGCUCUUACAUUUGCACUGUUUAUGUAGGUACCUUGUUCUCAUAUUUUUGGGGGUAAUGAGUUUGGAACCAACUCAAAACUGAGUCAUGUAAAUGGAUUAAAAGCUGUCUUAGGUCUUUAUUGAUAAAUUGUCUAUCCUAAAGUUGGGACACGUGGAACAUGACCAAAGUUAAUUAUGGCCUCUUCAGCCUUAGGAUACGUAGAGUUCAUUUUAGAGAAGAGUGUCAGUUUUUAAGAUGGAGUUUAUUCCAACCUCUUUUCCCAAUUUUAUAUCAUUCUGACAUUGGCAUUGUAGGUAGUAACUUAGAAAAUUUUGAUACCGAGCAAAACAUUUCCUGUGGUACAGGAAGCUGAUGAUUAGACAACAAGAACAAGAACAAUUCUCCAUGGUUCUUGUUUGUUUCUAAUAUGCUGUACAGCCAUUGUAGUUGAAACUAUCAUUUCAACUGAAAUUAUUUAUUUUAACUUUAUUUGAAAUAAAGGUAGUCACUGUUGCUCACUGAGUUACUGGAAUCUGUACAGUUGAAAGUGCAUGUGACAGUGCAUGACCUCUGUAGCUUCCUUCUGAGGGAGUGUAUUGCUGAAAUUCAGGAAAUGAAUGACAAGAUGAAAGUUGGCACGCUCUGAAGUUUUAGGCUCUAAAGUCGUGGAAGUCUUACAAAAAGACUUCUCUUCUUUGGGAAGAUCUAAGGCAGAAGAACUGCAUUUUAUUUGCUGCUGGUAGUUUUCUUAGAUGAGGAGAACCUUAGGGUUUUUCACUAUACCAACGAUAUAAUGGCUGACUUCAUGAUUAAAGUUAGUGUAAGGCACAGAAAAAUCCCAUCAACCCUCUGGGCCAAGUGUAGGUAAGAUCCGUGGUUUCGUUCACUGAGUAGUCAAUACAAAUGAAAGCCUUGGGGAACUUGUGAAGUAAUCUAUCAACAUUGUAGUAGGAAUUGGGUAUUGUUACAAGUAAUUGCACUACUCCCUACUAUGAAAUGUAUGCACAGAUAAGCAGAGGAGCUUUCUCAAGAUGAAUUGGAGUUUGAAUAGUACUACUUGAAGUACAUACUGUGAGUCCAGAUAUAAAUGUAUUUCUUUCCCUGUAGAUUUUUCUGUCCCCUUCUCGGUAAGGGGAGCUAGGUAAGUCGCCACAACUGUUUCAUCUUCAUAUUCAAUACUGGCUUAUGACACAGCAGGAAUAUUUUCUGAAAUUCAAAAUAAUUCUGUGGAUGUGUCUAAAUUGUAGUUCUGUGACAGAACUGUAAUUUGGGGGUGUGCAGUUCCUGUAAUACAACUUUAUGAAUUUACUCCUUGUCCUGGUCUGUUUGGAUACUACAUUUUGGUUGAAGGUUUAAGAGGGUUUUAACUAGAUAGCUUGCUUUGUCUUCUUUGUGGCAAGUGCUAUUACGAUGCUGGUUCCACUUCGUGUUGUUUUAACUUUCAGCCAGUAUCAGGGGAUAUUAGUAGGGAAGAGGCCUUGAGUGAAUCAGGGAGACUUGUUAGCUAUGUAGAAAUUAUACAGAAACUUGAAAUCAUUUAAAUGAAUUGUUCAUCUGUUGUGUUGAUAGCAGACAGAAGGAAUUCAGGGGGCACUCAUUUCCAUACAAGUACUUGUAGGAAUAAAAAUUUUGAUCUGUGUUGCCAAGGUGGUUUACGUGCUUCUCUCCAAAGAUGCCAAGUUUUGUUGUCUGGACAUUAAAUGCACAUCUGCCUUCCUCCUUGGAGAGUCUUAGGAAGAAAAUUCACUCAUCAGCAGUUAGGAAUGCUGUCUUUGGAAGAAGAGUGCAAUUGGAGUUCUGUAUAACUUGUUGGGAAUUGUAUGUAAGCCUCUGUAAAAAUUGUUGUGUAAGAGUGACAGUUGAUUUUUUAAUUUUUUAAAGGAGAAUAUAUUUAGGUGAAGGUUUGAGGCAUUCUUGAAGUUGUAAAAUUUUGACAUUAUUACAUUUUACUAUUUCGGGGAUGAGUAAAUAAUAGCCACUCUAGUCAACAGAAUGUGCUGUCAUAUAUAUUCAAAGAAAAAAAGCAGAUAUUUAUCAUAGUACUGUAGCUGAACUCUAUAAUAGCCUCUUUAUUUUUUUUCUCCAGUUAAUGUGUCUGUUGUGGAAACCUUAGUGCCUUAAGCUGGUUGUCUGAGUAAUGCAUUUCUGUAUCGGCCAAUUAAUGAUACUAUCCAAAAUCUGUUCUGGCUGUAGAACCACUGCACUGUGGAGAGAGAACAGUGAGAAGGAGAAACUUUGAAAAACUAGUAGUUUGCUCUCAACUCUCAUCUGAAGUGUGGCAGUGUUUACAACAGACUAAUAAACUGGUCUUUGUAUGUUUGUCAUCAAAUUAAAGAAAACAUUACUAGAUCCAUUUGGUUGAGUGUAUCUGUCUGUCCAUGUUAUUUAAGAUAAAAUGUUAUAUAUCAGCUGUUAAAGCUCAGUACUUAAGUCCUAGCACAGUACAAAUUUUAAGGGUUAUAUUUUUAUAUUAUAUACAAACUGUAUUUAUUUCAGUUGAUGUUACUGCACUGUACUAUUAAUAAAGGAAUUGAAAUACUCAGA